UGCAAGACCAAGUCAGUCGUCAGUCUUGGGGUAGUUAUCCUGACGAAAACACGUGCUCAGCGCUCUAUGCGAUUUACGAACUGAUCUUCAAAACCCCGUGUGACAAGUUUUGUAAACUUCCGAUUGCGCUUCCGGUUUCGAUUAAAUCAAAGAUUGUGUAUUUGUAAACUGUGCCUCAUACGGAUUUUUCCUUUUUAUCUUUGAAAGAACAAAAUAACAUUGCUGGUGAUGACAGUGCUACAGAUUAGUGAUCCGGACAAUGUCAAGCUGUGUCGGGUUGAUUUUUACUAUUUUUGAAAGGUGAAACAGUUGUGUUUCUUAUCCGACAGUGACAUUUCUUUCGCAACACUGGCGGAGUUGGAACAUAUGCAGCCGACAGCGGCCGCCAGUUUACCACCCCCUGGUGGAGAUAUGGACAUGCAGACUAUGCAGUCAAUGGAUUGGCUGUUCAAAAAGGAAAGGAUCUAUCUCUUGGCACAAUUUUGGCAACAGAGGGCGACUUUGGCGGAAAAAGAAGUAACGACACUGAAAGAACAAUUAUCCGGAACAAAUACAUCGAACAACUGCGAGAACAAAGACACGUCAAACAUGGACAGGCAAAGCUUCGAAAACGAAAUUGUAACCAAAGACAAAGAAAUAAAUCAACUAGUAGAAGAAAUACAAAGGCUACAGGGAUGUCUGACGAAACUUCAGGAGUCGUCCAUGUCCCAAAUUACUAUUUUAGAAGACCAAUUGGAACAAAAACGGCAACAGAUUGUACGAUUAGAAAACAAAUUGGAUUUACAAAAGGAUUAUGAAGAAAUGAAAAGGGAAAUCAGUAUAUUGCGAUCCGACUUAGCCAAUACCCCCGAAGGGAAAAAUAUAGAAUUAUUGUUAGAAAAAUCAAAAAAUCUUUCUGUACAAGACACUAGGGAUAAGUCACCGUCAAGGGAGAUUGAAGGGGUUGAACAGCAACCGCCACAAACCCCUAACCUAUCUCUAACCCCUCCAAUCCUCCCUCCACCCUUUCAAAACGUUGACGCUUUCGGUAGUUUGCUAGGAGAAGAAAUAGUUUCUUCCUGGAGAAGAAACAUAGAACACAAUCGUGUAACACCAAAAUCACCCUCUGCUUCUUUAGAUGUUCCGUUGAAGAGCUCCACCCCCGUGAACGCAGACUCGACGGCCGAGAAAAGCACAGCUUCGACGCCGCAACCCUCCGAACACGGCUGCCAGCAGUCGCCCAACGAGAACCUAGUGAACGGCAAUCCAAAGAGUCCGCAGGAAGACAACAACAACCACCACGUCAGCAAUAACAACAUCAGCUUAUCCGCGAUGUGUGCCGUCAAUAAUUUUCUCAGAAACGAUGACAGCUUGAAGAGUCCGUACAGGUUUGAUGAACAUCGAGGGCCUUUCAAGUUUGCCGAGGAUUUGGGAAUGGCUCCUGGAUCUAUGGUAGGACGACUUGGCGAAAGUCUUAUCCCUAAAGGAGAUCCGAUGGAAGCCAGGCUGCAGGAGAUGCUGAGAUACAACAUCGACAAAUACGCAACACAAAAUUUAGACACUCUUCACAUAUCCCGGAGAGUACGAGAACUGCUAUCGAUACACAACAUUGGCCAAAGAUUAUUCGCGAAAUAUAUUUUGGGACUUUCUCAAGGCACGGUCUCAGAAUUGCUCUCGAAACCUAAACCUUGGGAUAAGCUAACGGAGAAAGGCAGAGACAGCUACAGAAAAAUGCACGCUUGGGCUUGUGACGAAAACGCGAUACUUCUGUUGAAGUCGUUGAUACCAAAGAAAGACCAUUUUUCAUCAACAGGAGUCAAAUCGGAACCCGGUAUGACCCCUUACGGUCGUCCAGAUAACGAUCAUCCAGAAGAUAGACUAGUACAUAUUUUAAACGAUCCGAACUUUCACCAACACAUGAAGCAACCACCUCCAGAGGACAGCCAUAGCAACGAGGACUCCAAAUCGCCUCAAGGGUGCAGCAGCCCGUUCUCAAGAGAUUCCAGUAUGAACAAGAGACUGAAGAAAUACGAAAACGACGAUAUCUCACAAGACAAGGUGGUGAGAAUUUAUCAGGAAGAGUUGGCUAAACUUAUGGGUAGGAGGAUAGAAGAUUUUAGAGGACCAAGGGACGGACCUUUUCCUGGUUUUUUCCUUCCCCAACUCUAUAGUGGCAACUCAAUGGAACGAACUCCCGAAGAUCUUCGAAUGGUUCUCGAUGCGUACCACCGAGAAUUUGCUAAGCUGAACCAUGGUCAAAAUCCUACACAAAUGCCGUUGAGCCUCUUGGCUAUUCAACAGCAGGCUCUAGCUCACCAUCACCAGCAGCAACAACAGCAGCAGCAACAGCACCAGCAACAACAUCUAAAUUCAAAUGGCGGUGUUCAAGACCUUUCCAUUCCUAAAGAUAAGAUGAAGAUGGUUAAUGGAGGCAUGGACGAUAAAGAAAAAGAUGACGACCAUGUUUCACGACAUUCUGGAUCAGCUUUUAGCCUAGUCAGGCCGAAAAUUGAACCAGGCACCCAACCUAAUACUGGAUCUACGGCUUCCAGUCCUUUAGGCAAUUCCAUUCUACCUCCAAUGACCCCUACUGAUGAUUUUUCGGGAUCAGCAGCAGCAUCUCCCUUGCAACGAAUGGCAAGCAUCACAAACUCCCUCAUAUCACAACCUACUACACCGCAUCAUCCAUCUUCCAACAACAGACCCCUAAAAGCAGUAUUACCCCCUAUUACUCAGCAACAAUUCGAUCUUUAUAACAACCUUAACACCGAAGAUAUUGUUAAGAAAGUUAAGGAACAAUUAAGCCAGUAUUCUAUUAGCCAAAGACUCUUUGGAGAGAGCGUGUUAGGAUUAUCUCAAGGAUCUGUCAGUGACCUUCUGGCAAGACCGAAACCUUGGCAUAUGUUAACCCAAAAAGGAAGAGAACCUUUUAUAAGAAUGAAGAUGUUUCUUGAAGACGACAAUGCCGUCCACAAACUUGUUGCCAGUCAAUACAAGAUUGCUCCGGAGAAGCUCAUGAGGACAGGAGGAUAUGGAGGAGCUUGCACAUCAAUAGGACCAAUAGGAAAGCCGAUGCCUCCGACGAACAAGAUGCUCUCAGAAGCUGCUGGUUUGUUGAACAAAAUGCAAGAAUCACAGAACAUCUUGCCACCUUCUCUUCAACUCGGUCCACCACAGGGAGUGAAUCCCCAACCACCACCACCACCAAUGCUACUUACGCCUCCGGGACUACCCCCACAUCACGCUAUCAGCUUACAAAACCCAGAUCUCAUGAAGAAAGCUAAUCACAGUCCACAUGGUAUUCCACAUUCUCCGAUGGGUCAACAACAUGCAUCACUAAGAAAUAUGCAUCAACACAUUUCGCCAAGCGUAUAUGAAAUGGCAGCUUUAACACAAGACUUAGACACUCAGGUCAUUACUACAAAGAUCAAGGAGGCUCUUCUGGCUAACAACAUUGGACAAAAGAUAUUUGGAGAAGCAGUUUUAGGUUUAUCACAAGGCUCCGUCAGUGAACUUCUGUCCAAACCAAAGCCAUGGCAUAUGCUCAGCAUAAAAGGGCGAGAACCUUUUAUUCGGAUGCAGCUGUGGUUGAACGACGCCCAUAACGUGGAUCGUUUGCAAGCUCUAAAGAAUGAAAGGCGAGAAGCCAACAAGAGGCGAAGAUCGUCUGGAGCAGGUGCUCAUGACAACAGUAGUGAUACAUCAUCAAACGAUACUUCAGAAUUCUACCACUCAAACUCACCAGGUCCUGGCCCGCCGUCAGCUAAGAAACAGCGAGUGCUGUUCAGUGAAGAACAAAAAGAAGCUCUACGAUUGGCCUUCCAUUUAGAUCCAUAUCCCAAUGUUAACACUAUCGAAUUUCUAGCGACUGAACUUGGUUUGUCAUCGAGAACAAUCACGAAUUGGUUCCACAAUCACAGGAUGCGGUUAAAACAACAAGUUCCGCAUGGACUACCUUCGGAUUUACCUCCCAGAGAUCAAACUGGUAGUCAACAGUCGUUUGAUCCAGUACAAUUUAGACUACUUUUGAACCAAAGAUUAAUUGAACUUUCGAAAGAAAGAAUGGGCUUGAGCGGUGUUCCGUUGCCUUACCCCCCUUACUUAGCCACCAAUGCUAAUUUGGCGGCUUUGAUUAGCCGGGGGUUACUGCCCACUGGAGACAUGGACCUGUCAGCUCUGAACAAUGCCGUAAAAGAGCAGAUGAGUGGUUUAGAUCUUUCUAUGCCUUCUUUAAAGCGAGAACCCGGUGACUAUGAUGAUGACGACGACGUUGAAAGCAACGUGGGGUCGGAAGAUUCGAAUAUGUCUGGUGGUAGUCUCCAUGGAGAAGUAAAAACUGAGCCCAAAGAAUUACCUACUAAUCAAGGCAGAACGUCAAGACGAAAGCCUGCUGCACCUCAAUGGGUCAACCCUAACUGGGAAGAAGAAAAGGAAAAAGUUAAUACGGGAGAUGAAGUUAUUAUCAACGGUGUCUGCGUGAUGCAGACAGGUGAUGAUUACGGUAGACGGAGCUCCGAAGAAACGGUCAGGGUUGAGCCCCAAGCGGUCAUGGACAGGUUUGAAGAAGAUCAGAGUGACGCUUCUUCGAUUAGUAACGAUCAUGAACAAACUGAAAAACCCGAAGUCAAAGAAGAGGAACAGGACGAACACAACGAGAGUGAGAAUAAAACAGAAGACAGUGAGAAUAAGAACCUUAACCAAGAAAACGAAGAAGAAAGGUGGGAGUACUAAACCAUAGACAAUAUAGUAACUCUCAGUAAUGUUUUCUUUAGUUGUUGUUGGUGUUUAUGGACGACCUAAGAGACUUCCUAGUGAAACUAUAUAAAGGUUGAUGAUUUGUUAUGAUAUACAAAAAGUGCAAUCACGAAAACGAAAAUUUAUCCCCAGGUUAUUAUAAAUAUUUAUUGAAAUGUGAUUUACGAUGGACGUGUUGGCAAUACUGGAUGUUGUUGAAAAUUUUCAGUGUUUACAGCAAGCCUAUCGGCUUUUUGUGACGUGUCGCAGAAUGUGCUUUUGAACAAUAUGUGAUUGCUUAAUCAGCCUGAGCAGUAUUUCUAUUAUCUUUUUAUAAAAGAGAUAAAUAACUUUUGUAGCAAGAAAAAUAAGUGUGAACGUGCCUUUACCUUAAUAGGUGUAAACGUACCUUAUGUUGUACCUGUAAAUGUGCUUAUGUCAAGACUGAAAAAUUAAUGUUACUUUUACUUUGGUGAAAUACAAUCAACAGAUCUCACAAAUAGGGCUUUUCAUUCACAGUCAUUUGUUUCGAGCUUCUGUCAUGUGUCACAUAAUAUUAAUAUAUCUACGACAUACGUUAUUGGUAUAUACAAUAAUACAAACCAAAUACGUAUGACGUAGAUCAAUUAUUAUUAUGUGACACAUGACAGAAGCUCGAAACAAAUGACAAUCGAUGAAAAGCCCUAUAUAUUUAAAUUAAAGUAAACGAUUUCCUCGUUUAUUUCCUAUUCAAUCUUACAAUUUGCACCCAACGUGGCGCCAAUUGUAAAAUGCAUAGGAAAUAAACUAGGAAAUAGUUUACUUCAAUUUAAAUAUAUUUGUGAGACCUUUUGAUUGUAUUUACCAAAUUUAAAAGUAACAAGUAACAUUUUCAAUCUCGACAUAAGUACAUUGGGGUGGCCAAACUGUGGCUCGCGAGCCACAUGCGGCUCUUUGAAUGAUAAUUUGUGGCUCUUUGUAUUGAUAAAAUUUACCAGAAUUACUUUUAAUUUUUGUGUUUCAAAAUGUCUUCAAUUACUGACAAUAAAUAUAAAAGACUAUGUAAGUAUAACAUCAGGACUUAGACAAGAAGACCCCUUAUCACCGUUGCUAUUCAAUUUGGCCUUAGAAUAUGUACCUAAUAAGUAAAAUAUCAUCUGUGCUGACAGGGGAUUUGUGAAUUGAGGAUCAAAACUAUUGUUAGCCUUUGCUGAUGAUAUAGGUGCAUUCACUCAUUCUACAAAAGACGUGAGAGAGGUGUUUUCACAACUCGAAGAAGAAACAGGUAGUUUGGGCCUUUGAAUAAAUGAAGAGAAGGCGAAAUACAUGCUAGUAACUAAAAAUCCAAGAGAAAGAGUUAGGUAGAACAUAACUAUUAAUGACCACAACUUCGAAGUAGUAAAAAAGUUGAAAUAUUUAGGGGCGGUAAUCACAUAUGACAACCGCAUAUAAAAAGAGGUCUCAGCAAGGACAGCUGCGUGAAAUAGAGCAUUAUACUCCCUAUCAUCAUUGUUAAGAUCUAAGCUGUCAAAAAUAAAAUCUAAAUUAAGACUGUACAUGCCAAUUAUUCGCCCAAUUGUUACAUAUGGAAGUGAAACAUGGACUCUACAUCAGCGGGAAAUAAAUAAAUUGCUGAUAUUUGAAAGGAAAGGCUCUCAGAGUGGUAUUUGGUCCUCAAAGAAAUGAAUUGACAGGAGAGUGGAGAAGGCGCCGUAAAGAUGAAUUGGUGACUGUGUGUGGUGGAUGUAUCAUCAGGCAUAUCAAAGCUAAGAUAAGAUGGGCAGGUCAUGUGGUAAGAUCAAUGGAAGACAGAGUGUUAAAGACAGUGUUUUUGGAACACUUUUUUUGUAAAUAUGGAAGGAUGAUGAAGAAUUGAAGUAUCCUGAAAUAGUAGUCUGCUCGCAGAAUUAUUUGCAUAUUUGAAACAACGAUGUGAACCAUUUUAUUUCAAAAUCCACAAGGAAAAGAAAAAGUUUUCCUGUAGUUGGCUGUAUACCAUCAAUCACAAAAUUGGAAAGAAAUCCUUUGUAAAAGGUAUAAAAUAAAAUUUUAUACCUUUUACAAAGGAUUUCUUUCCAAUUUCAUUUUAUUUCACUUUAAAAUUCGUGAAAUUCAAAUACUGAGAAAAAAAUUGAAUACUUUUUUACACUUUUUAAAUAAUUGUUUAGUUGCGGCUCGCGAAAAAUUCUCUUCAAAUUUUGAAAAAUGGCUCGGAUUAUCAAGGAGCUUGGCCACCCCUGAUUAUAACCUCUGCCCCCGAAGUUAGCCGCCGAACUGUCACUAGUAAGUUAAGUUAAGUUACGUUCUCACCUAUUAAGGUAAAGGCACGUUGACACUUAUUCUUCUUGCUACACUUUAUAUUUAUGACGGUCAGUUUGACAAUAUUGAGUGACCUUCUUUUGAAAAAAACUUUGAGAAAAUUUGUUUUAAAAGACAGUUUAAAGAUUGAUAGAAAAUGUCUACUUUUGAAUUACAUAGACAGUUUUGUUUUCUUUUUUAAUUGAAGAAUUUUGCUGUUAAAUUUCCGUCCGAAAUGAUUUCAGUUGUGGUUUGCAACUAAUUAUUCUGUAUGUUGAUUUUAUCUUUGUUUCCAAAUUGUUGCAAUAUUUUCUUUGGAUCAUAUAUCUUAAAAUAUAUCUUAAAAUCUAUAUGCUGAUUCGCUCGACAUUUUGUGCGUACACUCGGUCUAUGACGUGUAAAAUAUAUACGUCAUACGUCAAGUAUACGAAAAAAAAUGGCGGCGAUGAAUAGCCCUAUUAACUGUCAACUUCAGCUGUCAAUAAUUUAUUGUGAAACCGACCGUUACAAUGUUACUUGCCAUUGCCUAAUUGUUUUGGAUAUAUUUUGUAUUGUUGUACAUAAUACUUUUCGUUAUUUUGUUGUGAACACAAAGCCAAAAGGUUCAAAAGACCAUUCUACACCUCACAAAAGUUCUUGCCAAUUUUUAACUAUUUUACUUAUUGGCAUAAGUUCGUUCUCUUUUUUAUUUUAGUUUGUAUUUAAGUAGUUAUUAUUGCAUAAGACUGUUACCGUUAUUAUUAUAUAUAGUUAGCUUUCGAGCUAAAAAGCAAAGAAAAUGUUUUGAACAUUUUGUGAUAUACACAUUACUUUUUAUUUUGUAUUAUUAAUUGAGAAUAUACUGUGCUUUCCAUUUUUUAAGAGUACCGAAUGGCCAAAAAUGCAAUAUUUUAAGUAAUUAAGUUCUUGUAAGCUUAAAAUUCUUGAAGUUAGGUUUUAAAAAGAUGUUGUUCGGUGAAGAUUUCAAUAUUUCGGAUGAAUAAAACUGACAUUUUUUAAAAAUAUAUUGUUUUCAUGACUGUUGGGGUAUAUAAGGGGAUGUUGCGGUCAAAUAUUCUGGGAUUUCUGGAAAUUUUUAUUCAAAAAUAUAAAAUAUUUUAUCAGAGUUAUAACACAAAAGAUAAUAACCUCAUGACAAAUAUUUAUUUCUAUAGAAUAUAAUUGUUUGAUAUAUAAUUUAAAUGUUCAAGACACUAAAUCAAUAGGUCCGUUAAUAUCAGAGAGUAAGAGACACAGACAUAGCUACUCAGGGAGCAAAGAUCGUUCUCUCCUUUGCCCUGACGUAAAUGCAGUAGCACAAUCAACAUUAAAAGUUAAGAACAUUUUGUCGAGUUUUGAAGAAACUGCAUUAAAUAUCGGUAAAGUAAAUGAAGGCAAGCUUCUCUCAUGAGGUGCAAAAAGCCUGAUAUACAAAACCAUAAUCCGACAAGCAGUCGCGCAUGGAAGCGAAACAUGGACGCUAACAAAAUAGAAGUACCUAAAUAAUGGACCUUGAAGAUAUAGCGUGACAAGCAAAUGGAAAAUGGACGCACAAAUACAACAACGAAUUAGAGUUUCUCUUCGGAAAGAAAAAUCAAUAGACUAAGUUGGGUACGACUUGUAAUACGCAAUAACAGCAAUUGCCUUAUAAACAAUGUGUUUUGAGAAAGACCAGAUAGGUAGUAGCAUGACCUAGAAAAAGGUCAGCAGUCAGAAAGAUCUGGAGAAAAUGGGAGUGAGACAAUGGGAAAUGGUGCAAAUGACAAAGAUGAUAAUGAUGAUGGUUUUUUGGUAUACCGCACUAUGGAUACAAUAGGAUAACAACAAUACUAGCUAUUUCUUUAGUAAUACCAUCAGCGAUCUUUUCACCACCAAUGUUUUUAUGCCCUGGCACUCAGAACGAAGCUAUUUUGAUGUACUUCGCCAGUUGCUUAAGAUAUUGUUUGCAAUUCCAAGUUGAUAAGGACUCACAAAUUAUUGUCUAAGAAGCCUUGGGUGCAUCUUUUUGAGAGGUUACAAAUAGUUUGGCUGGCCUUUCUUCAGACACUAUUGAGCACAAAAAUCUAUGGAUCUAUGGUGUUAUGACCCAGGUUGAGAUAAGCUAUGAAAGAAACUCGACAAUAGAAAGUUUGGGCAUCUAUUCUGUGAUUACGACAGUUAAAAAAUUUAAGGAUUUGUUUUAUACUUAUAAUCUAAGAUAACAAAAACCAAUAAUUUAACUGAUAACUUCAAUAUGAGUUAUUUUUUGUGUUAUUACCUGUUCUGCAAAUUCCGUAAGUUAUUAAUGUUCAUUUAAUGAAAAAAAAACCGUACUAGAAAAACUCACUUACGGCAUAAUAUCGUAAGACAGUAAUAUGUGAUAUUGAAAUUUUCAACAAUAUUAAUUAUUAGUAGUAAUGUUUCGUACUCAAAAAUGAUUUCCAGCAAUCUUCCAAAGUUUUUUGUACAUAAUUUGGUGUACAUUUCUCGAAUUUUCUUAUUGUACUAAAUAAAGUAAUUUUAAUUUUGAAAUUUUUGUGUCCACAUUUCGUCUAGUCUAAUUAACAGGGGCAUCAGCAUCAAAAAUACACUACAAAAAGGCCAGUACUGAUUAUUUAUAAUUUUUUCUUAUAAACAAAUACAAUAGUUCAAUAAAAAGCCUUACUUAUGCGCACGGUAUCGUGUUGAGAAAAUCAAAAUUUUGAUAGUAGUCGUACAAACAAGAGGACAACCAAAAUAUAUUUGCUGUUGCAUUAGAAUUUUUAUAUAAUUUGAUUUUUAUUGAAAAUAACGUCAAAACAAUAGGUAUCACUUCUGUACAUUUUCCUACUUAGCUACAGUUACAUGAAGAUAUAGGAACAUUGCUACCCUGAUUUUGAACUAAGUGAUUAUUUUGAAAAAAUAAUCACUAGUUUGUUUCUCCAUAUUCCUAAUUACUGGUAUAUAUUCCUUUCAUCCUACUGUUCUUUUGUUUCAGGGUGGGUAGAUACUCUUUCUAUCUAAAUUGAAGUCACUGAUAGAUUUAUUAUUACUUGUUUAAGUCCCGCUCUCAAGCCAUUUUUUCAAAAAUAUUUAGUGCUCUUGUCCAUUAUUUAGUUAAAUUCCAUUUACUUCUAUUUAACUCCUUUUAAUUUAAACUAAUUUUUAGAUUCCAUUUCUACCACAUCCUGUAUAAUUUGUAAUUCGGUAUUUCUAAAUUCCUUCUGUUCUUUAUUUGUCUUGUCAGGAUCUCAUUUACCUACAGUAUGUUGUUUUUUCUCAAAGAUAGUUCAAAGUUUCUUUCUUCUAUUUGUUAACGUUUCAAGCAAUACCAUUUAAUAGUUUCUGUAUGUUCAGAAAGUCUUUUAAAGGGACCUAUCUAUUUGUCCGAUGUAACAACUUCAAAUAUGAACUUUUAUUGAUAUUUAUAGUAUGUAUUUAUUUUUAUCCUAGAUCUCUUUUUUACUCACAGAAACUAGUAUCGCAAAAUUAAGCUGCUUGUCCAUAGAACCCACAAGAAGUUAAACAAUGAUAAACAAUACGGCAUGUCUUUGAUACCCUGUUAACUAUGAAUUUUGACGUUUAUCAUUUUCAAUGACAGUGAAACUAGCGCAUUUCUUGUGUAUAUUAGAAUUUAUAACUUAUAUUGUGUUUAUUUUAUAAAGUUAUAUUUUAUUAAAUAUAUUAUAACAUAGUAAAAUAUAAAUGUACAAGAUAACUUUAUAAACUAUGUCCACCGAUAAUAGCCAUUUCAUAAUUUAUUACAUUGACAGUACGUACCUAUCAAUGAUAGGUAUUACACAUCCACGUACGUUUCAAUUAAUGUUUUGAUUUAACUUGUUUGAAAAUGAAUCAUGACUUUUUGGCAAAAAUAAAAUGGAAUAGGAAUAACUAUAAUAUAAACUUCUUGUUUUUUGGAAUUUGACACAUUAGCCUAAAGAUCUGUCAACGGUGAAUAUAUUUUGAUCUCGUUCCUCGAAAUAGCUAGGUGACAAGGUUUGUUUUAUCUAAUUUUCUGGCAGUAUCAGGUUUUAGAUCUCAGCAUUACUGAAAAUUUUCAAAUAGCUUUAAUUUCCAAAUAAAAUUAGAAUAAUGUUACAAAAUGCAUAUCGUUAAUCUUAAGUAUUUAAAACAAAUGAAAUCCACCCAUAGAAAGAUAAUUUAAGUCAAAGCCAUAGUUUUGUUUUUCGUUAAUAUGUCACGACGCAUGACGUAACGACGUCAUUUUUUUGAGAUCGAUCCAAAUUUUUAUUUUAAAUGAAGAGAAUUUGCUAUAGUAUUUCACAGUAAUUUCUUUUGGACUUCAUAAAAAUGUUUCAUAUUAUUUAUUAAGUAGUUUACUUUUAUUGUGUAUAAAUGAAAAAUCAAGUUGAGUGCAUACAAAUGCUUCCAAAUAAUUUUCAAUUAGCAUGUCCAUAAUUUUCCUUUUUUUUAUUUACAAAUUAACAUGGUAUAUAGCUUGGUUGGUUUAAGAUCACUUGGUUUAAAUUUGACAUCUAACAUUUGACAUCUGACAUUUGACAAAUUGACAUCUGAGAAAUUGACAUUUGACAAUUCGAUGACAUUGCUGUGUAAAUAGUAUAGCUAAUUUUCUAACAAUACCUUUACUUUUGUUAACAAAAAAAUGUUGUCGUGGCUUCAUAGCUGAAGUGGUCUAUUUCAUGUGUUGCGAUAAAAUAUAGCAUGAAAAAUGUUGAUAAGAAAUUUCUAAAGUGCAAUAUUUUAGCGUUCAAAGAUGACGUAUAUUUUUGCGAUAUACAAAAAAAUGUAUUUCUUCCAAGAUGUAUUCAAUGUAAGAACAUUGUAAAAAUUAUAAAAGAUACGUAAAAGUUUGUCUUCAAAAAGCGAAUGAGGCAUUAAAUUAGCUAAAAUGUAUUAUAAAUGCACAUUUCUAAAUGCAUGUAGUUAUAUAGCAUAGAUUUUUUUGCUGUAGACAAAAUAUUUGAAAAGAAAAAACAGUUUUUGUUAUUUAAUAAAUUUUCUGUACCGACAAAUUAUACAAAACACAAAAUACGUAAGCAUGUUUUUUGUUAGUACUGAUAAUAUAUUAGCAAAAUGAUAAUAUGGUACAAGAAGAUUUGUUUUAUUUUUAUUAUAUUUUAUAAUAUAGAAACAUCCAAGAACAAUGCUUAGGAAGAUCAUAGAUCUAUUUUAUCCUUUUUUACUGUAAAUAUUUAUAUCAUAUCAUCCCUUGAAAAUUUCUAAAUUAAAAUUUUCUCUGUAUUUA